CGGGGCUUAGCAUUUGGCAUGCGCAGCUCACACGGAGGAAAAGCUUUGGCGUUUAUCAGCGGCUGGGAACUGUAAACACUAGCCUCCAGGGCUACUUCUCAGUCAUUGGGAUGGAAAUAUAAGGUGAUCUGAACCAGAUAUUGUUCUUCAGCGCAUGGACACAAAGCCAAUGCGCAGGGCCACCAGUGCACGUCAGGACGCCACUGGAAUGGACAUCACCAGCCGCUGUACUCUGGGGGACCCCAACAAGCUCCCCGAAGGGGUCCCCCAGCCAGCACGCAUGCCUUACGUAUCAGACAAACACCCACGGCAGACGCUGGAAGUCAUCAAUCUGCUGAGAAAACACCGGGAGCUGUGUGACGUGGUGCUGGUGGUGGGCGCCAAGAAGAUUUACGCUCAUCGCGUGAUCCUCUCUGCCUGCAGCCCAUACUUUAGGGCGAUGUUUACUGGGGAGCUGGCAGAGAGCAGGCAGACGGAAGUGGUUAUCCGCGACAUCGAUGAGAGAGCCAUGGAGCUGCUCAUCGACUUUGCCUACACCUCACAGGUGACUGUGGAGGAGGGGAACGUUCAGACACUGCUUCCUGCAGCCUGCCUUCUCCAGCUGGCUGAGAUCCAGGAGGCCUGCUGCGAGUUCCUAAAGAGACAGCUGGAUCCAUCCAACUGUCUGGGCAUCAGGGCCUUUGCCGACACCCACUCCUGUCGCGAACUGCUGCGAAUCGCAGACAAGUUCACACAGCAUAAUUUUCAGGAGGUGAUGGAAAGUGAGGAGUUCAUGCUGCUUCCUGCCAACCAGCUGAUUGACAUCAUCUCCAGCGACGAGCUGAAUGUGCGGAGUGAGGAGCAGGUUUUUAACGCUGUAAUGGCAUGGGUGAAAUACAGCAUCCAGGAACGCAGACCCCAGUUACCCCAGGUCUUGCAGCAUGUACGUCUGCCAUUACUAAGCCCUAAGUUUCUGGUGGGGACUGUGGGUUCAGAUCCUCUGAUCAAAAGUGAUGAAGAGUGCAGAGACCUGGUUGAUGAGGCCAAAAAUUACCUUCUGCUUCCACAAGAAAGGCCGCUGAUGCAGGGCCCCAGAACACGCCCUCGGAAGCCUAUUCGAUGUGGAGAGGUUCUUUUUGCAGUUGGUGGCUGGUGCAGCGGAGAUGCCAUUUCCAGCGUGGAGCGCUACGACCCACAGACUAACGAGUGGCGCAUGGUAGCGUCGAUGAGUAAACGGCGAUGCGGAGUCGGCGUCAGCGUCCUCGAUGACUUGUUGUAUGCCGUGGGCGGUCACGACGGCUCUUCAUAUCUCAACUCUGUAGAGAGAUAUGACCCUAAAACCAACCAGUGGAGCAGCGACGUGGCCCCCACCAGCACUUGUCGGACCAGUGUGGGUGUGGCUGUCCUGGGUGGAUUUCUGUAUGCUGUGGGAGGACAGGAUGGAGUGUCUUGUCUCAACAUUGUUGAAAGGUAUGAUCCAAAGGAAAAUAAAUGGACUCGUGUGGCCUCAAUGAGCACCAGGCGACUCGGUGUAGCCGUCGCUGUACUGGGAGGAUUUCUUUACGCUGUUGGAGGGUCUGAUGGGACAUCUCCUUUAAACACAGUGGAGCGCUAUAACCCUCAAGAAAACCGCUGGCACACGGUGUCUCCCAUGGGAACCAGAAGAAAGCACCUCGGAUGCGCGGUCUACCAGGACAUGAUUUACUCUGUUGGAGGGAGGGACGACACCACAGAGCUGAGCAGUGCAGAGAGGUACAACCCCCGGACCAACCAGUGGUCUCCUGUUGUGGCCAUGACGUCCAGACGUAGUGGGGUGGGCCUGGCAGUAGUGAAUGGUCAGCUGAUGGCAGUAGGUGGCUUUGAUGGGACAACAUAUUUAAAAACUAUUGAGGUAUACGACCCAGAUGCCAACACAUGGAGGUUGUACGGUGGGAUGAACUAUCGCCGGUUAGGUGGAGGGGUGGGCGUCAUUAAAAUGACUCACUGUGAAUCUCACAUAUGGUAACAGCACCUCCCAUCCAUACCUCGUCUCACACACUUUCACGUCUCAUGAUGUCUCGAUGGAUAUUCAAACAGCUCUCGUGCCUCUGAAAGAGCCAACUUUCUGCUGACAAGGAGCCGUGGGAGCGGACGCAAGGAGAGAAAAGAGGGACACAUUUUGAACUGCAGUUCAUCCCCCAACUUCACUCAGAGGUCAUAAAUUUAUCCUUGCUAUUUUGUUUUCUCUGAUCAGCCAUGCUCAUCACAAAGUGCAGCGGGAACAAUGUUUACAGAACAUCAUUAAGCUUCCAGUUUGAAUGGAAGUUUGAAACUCAAACAUCAGAUUAUGUCCCUCCAGUAGCAGUAAUGGUGAUGAAAAUACUUUAGAGGAGCAAAGAUGUCUGAACGCACUGGUUCACUACGAGGAGUUUGAAAGACCUCUGGCCACCUAAACUGGCUUUUUUUUCUUUUUUAAAUGAGCAGCCAGCAGCCUUCAGUAGACAACAGUUCACACUGACUGUCCGCAGUGAACCUGGGCUUCGUCUGGGUCUUUUAUGGUUUUGAACCAUACAUCUCAGCUGUGGCUGUUAACCUGUUAAGACUUUAUAUAACAAAUGGUUAUCUGCCUGUACAGUUGCCUCUAAUAGGCUAGAUGAUGUUAAUGGGACUGUAAUUGUUACCUUGAAUGUUUCUAUGGUUUAGUUAAAACAAUGUAGUUGGUGGAGUUUAACUAUCAAACAGAUAAAAAGAAACCAAAAUCAUCAAAUAGUUUCACUGUUUUGUUGGAAACUCCAGUCUUAAAAACAUAACAUUAACUCUGCAGCACAUCAACUCAACUCUCCUCCAACCCAGGUGACAAAGUUCAUGCAAAUGUUGGACCUGUUUGAAUUCAACUGUAUUAGUAAGCAGUCAGCUUUACCAUCAAAGUCUAAAAUGGAUUUACCAUUCAGUGCUGGCGGUUUGUUGGUUUUAAACCUCGAAAAAGACAAACAUUAUUAUGUUCACAUAAGGAGAGUGCUGUUUGCUGUUAAUAAUUUUUAUUUGAUGUAUUGCUGAAUGAAAACUUACUGUUUAUAAGUGAUUACAUCACCUGGCUCAGCAGUGUGCCUCUGGCUUUUUUUUUUUAAAUUGUUUUGUUUUGGCGGAAAAUGGUUACACUGAAGAAUAAGUCUGUACUUUCAGAACUUGUUCUUUAUUUUGAGUUUGGCAAUAAUCUAAGAUUUGUGCAUCCAGGGGGGAAAAGAUUGUAGUGCAGAGAUUGUCAUAUUAUUUUUCGGUCCAUGCUCAAAACAGCUGUUGACAGUUAAAAUGAGUUGAAAACAAUAAUUUUGUCUGUAAACAUGAUUAAUAAAGUAGCAAUAAUAGUCAGUGUUCUGAUAUUGGUUUACACACUUAAGAGAUUUUAUGGCACAGACCCAUGUUGUUCUGCUACUUGUUUUAUUUUUCAAUUUGUGCAGGAGUUGCAUGACAGUGGCGCCGCCUACUGGAUAAAUGUUAAAUUGCAACACUAAGUCAUAAAGCGGCACCUGGUCCCAGAUCUCUAGACAGUGUUUAAGACAGCCAGCAAACAUGGUGAAAUUUGUUUGGAUACAUUUAUUGCACUGUGACUGUAUUUCAGUUUUAACCUUUUUGUUUUUUAAACUUGUUUUAUAUGGUAGUUUCCAUGUUAAUGAGGAACUAAAAUGAUCAACAUUGAAGUUAGAAUAGAGACAUUUCAGGCCUUGCAUCCUUGAUUCUUUGCACAGAAUGAAUUACUUCCUGUGAGAAACCUUAGCUGGGAUUCAGUUUGUGUUACACGCAGUUCAUCUGCACACCCUUCCAUUAAACCAGCGCACACACACGGCUGAAAUGGAUAUAGGCGGGUGUCUUUAUUUUUAAACACAGUUUUAUGUGCGAGAAGGACCUAAUCUGAAUGUAUGUUUGUGAAUAUUCAGCAGUUUGUUGACUUGUGUGGGAUUAAGUUUCAAGCAGGUCUUCGCUUAAAAAAACAACAAAACAGCCAUUUAUGCUGUUGAACGCUCAUUUGAAGUUUUGAAUCUGAACAUUUCCUGUCGACAUUGAAGAUGGGACCUGCGGCAUGCAAUGCGUGUAUAUUUGUAGACAUGUGUUCCAUGCAGCCAUUUACUUAACAAAACAACAGACUGUCUGACUAAUUGUGUUGUCUCACAAAACAAACUACUCUGUUUAAAACUCCAUAAAGGUUUCUGCUUUUGUCCUGGCCAAUUCAUUCACUGUUCAAUUGCUUUUCUCUGCGAUAAAUAUUUACCACAGGCUAAUAAACUGCUCCAUUCUCA